AACUGGUAACUGGUUUCGUUUUAGAGUAUUUUGCUAAUUUAGUAUAUAGACUUGGGAGUAAUCCUCUUUCCUUUUCAAUACUUGAUAUCAUUGAAUCGGCUAUGGCGAACUGUAAAUUGUCCGCCGUAGAAUUCAUCCAAGAUUCUUUUUCACCAACAAUAGCCGUUUCAUGCAGCAACGAUGCCGCUGAAGUAUGUGCAAAAAAUAAUCUUUCUUUUGCUGAUAUGGUUGAACCUUUUUGUAAACUCUCCACUGACGUCGAAAUAAGAGACACUCAUGCAGUACCUCAUAACAUUUCAAAUUUGCGAUUAAUUUUACGUGACAUCAAUCAUUCUGCCCCUCAACCCUCGAUGACAAGAAAAUUAUUAAACGAUACUGUGACUCUUUCAAGUAGAUCGUAUUUCAAUAGUACUGGGUUGGAGUUCCGCCCUUCUCAUGAAACCCCUUGGUUCGAAGCAUUCAGAGAAACGUUCAUGAAUUGCUGUCCUAAUUAUGAUCAUGAAUUUAUAAAGAAUUAUUUAGCUUGUAUUUUUGUUGUAUCGUCUGCCACGGAUAAUGCAAUAGAACAAUUUAAUGCACUAACUCAUAGUCAACAGCAAAAUCAGUAUCAAAGUAAGCAAUCUAAAUGGUUCUCAACUCAUAUUCUGCGCUACUAUGUUCUGUUACACGAUGCAUCAUCACCUCAUCAAGCAAAGGCCGAAAAAACAAUCGAGUCUAUGCGAAGUGUUUAUGGAAAUAAUCUAUGUCAUAUGCUAGUUAUUAAUUCAAGAAAUCCAAUUGAUGAGAAGUCGGCACCAAUUAAUUACUGGAAUUGCUCAGUAACACCAAAAAUUCCUGAUCCUCCUGGUGACCAACGAGAUUCUCCAGUUGGUAGUCAUCCUUUGGAAUUGAGAGGCGAAUCUCCAGAACAUGAAAUCAGUAUACCAUCGUCUGUAUCGGUAACGAGUCUAAGAAGCCUCAAUAUGGUUGAGACUAAAGAUGAAAGUUAUGGAUGUUGCCUAUCAACUGAGGAUCACGAUAGAAUAAAAGCUUUUAUCUUUGAAUUUGCUUCAAAAUCUCUAAUUGUUUGGGCCGAAAAAUCUAUUCAAACUCUAAAUGAUCAAGUAGCAAGCAAAAAGAGAGGAUUUUGGAAAUUAUUUGGUUCGCAGAAUAAACCUGCUUCUUCGAGUUCGAAUUCUGGAGAAUCGAAUGCUGCAAAUGUUGUCUACACAACAGAAGCUCCGGAAAUGCAAGUUAGACGACUUGCCGAUUUGGCUUUUGCUUUUCAUAUGUACGAACUAGCGGGAAAUAUGUACCAUACGGCGAAGAGAAAUUUCAAUUCAGAUCAUGCAUGGUUAUAUUACGCUGGUGCUUUGGAAAUGGGCGAGCUUGCUGCUUUCAUGCAAGGGAAAAUUCCCUCUAGCAAUAUAGAAACUGCUAUUAAUACUUACGCAUAUACAUGCAGACAAAUGACCUUAGCUAUUAGAUCGACUUUACUCUUGACUGAAGUAUUAAAAUUUAAAAAAAUGUAUACGGAAGCGGCUAGUCAAUUGAUAAAAAUGACAAGUGAAGACUCUGAUUUAUGCAGUGCCCUCUUACUUGAACAGGCUGCUCAUUGCUAUCUGAAUCACUACGGGGUUUCUUGUCGCAACCAAACAAGAAAAUACGCAUUCCAUAUGAUACUUUCUGGACAUAGAUAUAGUAAAGCUGGUCAACGGUUACACGCUCUCAGAGCUUACUGCCAAACACUUUUAAUUUACAAAGGAAAACAUUGGAAUUUAGCCGAAGACCAUAUAAACUUCACUAUUGGACGUCAAUGCUCAAAUCUUAAAUAUCUCGACAAAUCAUGUGAUGCUUUCGAACAACUUAUCUCUUAUUCAAAGCAAAAUCCUGCUCAACAAGCUGCCUAUUUCAGAGAGUAUUUGUACGUUUUGAGUUUAGCGACUAAAGAUUCACCUCCUCCAUCGCUAUCUAUACCUGAAAUUGAUUGGUCGCGGGCUCAUCUUUAUCUACCCUCCUCAACUGGACAGAUAACCAAGUUGGAUAGUGUUCAUCACACUCUCCGUUAUCAAAAAAAGUUUGAAAGCUUGGAAAAAUUACUUGGGAUCCCUUCACAAAAAGCUUCCAUUUUCUGUCACUCGGCAGUAUCUGGCAAAAUAAAAAGGCCGAUUACAGCAUUUGUUGGAGAGGAUCUGGCCUUUGAGCUAACCUUUAAAAAACGUCUAAAGCUUCAUCUAGUCAUGACAAAUAUUGUAUUACUAUGGAAAUUUGAUGACAAAUCAGAUGAGGAUGCUGUAAACAUAGAGCCUAUAUCCAAUUUUACAAUGCUUCUUCAGGAAAAUGAAAAAACUCUUAUUCUUAAAGUGAAACCCAAUAAAAUUGGUAAAUUGGUAAUAACCGGUUUGAUUUACGAGCUAUCGUGUACCAGCGCAAAUCAACAACAGCCAGUUACGGUCCGCGGUAUACAAUCAGUCAAAUUAGACUCCAUUCCGAGGAAUAUAUUUGAGAUAAAAAUUACAGAAGAUCUACCAAGGGUAGAGCUAACUAUGAGUGAUCUACCUGAAAGUUUAGUUUGUGGACAAAUUGUUAAUUUUAACUUAAGCAUAAAGAAUAUUGGAAAUAAGACGGUUAACGCUAUUAAAUUGGCGACUUCUACAUCGCACCUAUUAAUUGUAUUGGAUAGUGAAGAGUUGGAAAAUAAUACUUUACUGUUGCACAAUGAAAUAAAACCAGGGGAAGAAAUUGUGAAAAAGGCUUUUGUAAGGGCUUCGGAUCAAGUUGGAGAAUGUAUAAUACAUUUAAUAUUUAUGUUCUUAGGAGAUGAUAAUCAAUAUAGAACAUUAAGGAAAAAUGUAAUAUUCAAUACUGUAUCGGGUUUGUUGAUUUCGGCGAUGAUUAUCGAUAGCGAUAGGAAAGAAAUUCCUCAGGUUGUUCAAUGUUGUAUCGAAAAUGAUGGGAAUAAGACUGUGCAAUUAAAGGAGAUUCGAUGUGUUCAAAAUUAUACUAUAGAAGCCAAAGGAUUGGAUAAAGAAAUAAAAGAUAUUUGCUUGAGAAAGGGAGAAAAUGAAAUGAUAUAUUUAACUUUGAAUGGCGCUGAAAAAGAAGAUUCCAAAACAGAUACUGACUCUUUUUGUUGGUUUAAAAGAUCAGAAGAAAAGGAAUCAUUGAAAGAUGUUGUUAUACUUUCAGCGUUUUGGGAAAUUGAUAACAAUAUUUUAGGUCAAAAUAAUGUAUCAAUUGAUUUGAAACCAUCUAUUUCCUCAACACAACACUCUUUGGUUGACGUUCAAUUAAUUUAUUCUCAAAAGGUUGCACACGAAUUUAACUCUAAGCCAAGACGCCUUUGUCAUGUUCCUGUUAUCCUUCGAUUGCAUAAUAACUAUGAAACAGAUAUUGAAACUAUCAUCGAUGCUAAUCAUAACAACGUUGAAAUAAUUAAAGAUUAUAAGGCGGAUAGUCAACGAAGAUUUAUUUGGAGUAAACAAGUUUACUUUUGCGAAAAGAUAAAAUCAAAAAGUUAUCUCGAUUGUAAAUUAAUUGCAACAUUCUCAUGCGCUGGUCUUUAUGAUUUAUCUAAGCUGAAAAUUACUUUUAGACCUAGUAGUGAAAAGAAUUUUCAAUAUCAGAAAAUAACAACACCGUAUCUUAUUUCUGUUGGAAACGUUAGUUUGCUUGAAUAGGAAAUCUGUUAAUUUAUCUCAAAGAUGAAAGACAUUGAUAAUUUUAAAAAUUACAAAAUUAACAAUGAAUACAAAUAAUUUCAAUUACAGUUAUAUACAGUAUAAAUAUAUAUGUAUUUUUCACUUUGCAGUAGAUUUGCUAAGUAUAACUUGGAAGUAUUGAAUAACUUAAAAUCUUACAUUCCCUGUUACAUCUUAAAGAACUUUUAAAGUCUUCCUUUUGUAAAGAAGGAAGAUGCUGUUGAAUAUUAAAUAAUAUAACUAGAGCUUUAUUAUGGUCUUCUGUCGACGUUAUAUGAUAUUUUGAAUCAAAAUUUUUCGAUAGAGAUAUUAAUCUUUUAGCAUCUACGCAUUUGCUUUUUUCACCAAUCACCUGUAUUAUAUAAUUCUCGUGCUCUCUUAAGAUGUCAUUAAGAAUAGGUUUUUGGAAUACCCUGUCAAAAUUAUUAAACCAAUCCCCAUUUUCCACGUGUACAAUAGCUUCAUAGAAGUUUGAAAAUGUUGAAUUGUCAGGAUUCCAUAUUGAUCCAUUGAGUAUUAGAUAGCAUUUCCAAAGGUUUGUGCAUCCCGCUUUCACUUUCCAUAAUUGAAGAUUUUUAUCAAUAUCUGUAAAUUCAAUUAGUCUUUUGACACGAAUCGACAAAGGAUCCAAAGUGUCGGUAUUUUUAGGUAGAUCUUGAAUAUUUGAUUUAAUCGGUUUUAAAUCUUCUUUAGUCACUUCAUCUUCCUUGCUUACAUCUGAUGAAGAUUGUAUCGAAGAUUGCGCUUUUUUUUCAAUCGCUCCCGCCCGUUCAAUAAUUCGUUCAGAUUUGACUUUUAAAGAUAACAACUUGGAAACCAGUUCAUCAAUAUCCUUAAUCAUUUCAUAGCUAUCGUUUUUAAUUAGAUCUCGCAAUUCGCUAUCCCUGUAAAGAGUUUUCAAUAAAGAUAUUGAAUGGAUAAAUAACUUCAACUAACAUUUGAUAUUUUAUUAGCAAUUUAAAGAAAUUUCAAUAGAAGUUCUCUUUCUUCUUAAACAAAAGAAAUUAGUCCAAUAUUUAUUAAAAAUACAGAGGAAGGAAGAAAAGUAGGCGUUGAGAU